CAUCAUAACGCUGCGCCGCGAAUCAUUCUUCUGUUUGCAGGUUUGUCUUUGAGCGCUUCAGCAUUUCAGGUCUGGUCUUCGCUGCCAUACAGUGAUUGUGAAUCCACUCCCAAAAUAAUCCACCAGUAAAUGAUCUGAAUAUUCCUGUCAUCUUUGAAUUGAAGAAGUGUUUCCAGAAGUGCAGGACAAACUUCAAGUGUGUCAAUAUUUUCUGACAUACUAUUGUAAAGAUGGAUUUUAUUAAAGAGGAGAGAGAGGACAUGGGAUAUUCAGAACAAAACCGAGUGAAAAAUGAUGAUACUGAGGAACAAAUAGACCUGAUGGAAGUGAAAGAAGAAAUUGAAGAACUGAAGGAAGUGGAGAAGAAACAUCAGUAUCAGAAACCUUCUAAUGUCACACCUGGAGAGAAAUCAUUUAGUUGCUCACAGACAGAACAGAAUUCCUCAAAACAAACAAAGGCUCGUAUAAGAAUUCACACCGCUGGGAGGAUUUACACAUGCCCUCAGUGUGGAGAGAGUUUCACACGUAAAACUCAUUUUAAUAGACACGUAAGGAAUUAUGCAGAAUAUAAGCCUAUUGCAUGCCUCCAGUGUGGAAUGAGAUUCAAAUAUCAAGGACAGUUUAAGGCUCACAUGAGAAUUCAUACUGGAGAAAGGCCGUUCAUAUGCCCUCACUGUGAAAAGAGUUUCGCAUAUUCAAAAUGUCUUGAAAAUCAUCUGCACGAACAGCACCCUGGAGCAAAGUCAUCAAACUGUGAUGAGUGCGAUAAAAAUGUUAUGGUGGCAUCAAAUGAGGAGCCCCUUUUGUGUUCCUUGUGCGGAAAAAGCUUUUUAUGCUUGCACAAUUUCCAAGAGCACCAGAAAAUUCAUCCUAGUGUGAAAGCACAUGUGUGCUUUGAGUGUGGCGAUGCCUUCUCAAAAGCUGGCAAUUUGAAGAUGCACCAAAAAAUCCAUAUUGCAAAAAAACCUUACACAUGCUCACACUGUGGAAUGGGUUUCACUCAUUCCGUAGCUCUUGCAACACAUGAGAAAGUGCAUACUGAAGAGAAGCCUUGAUGUGGGAUGAGUUUAACCCAAUCAAAUCAUUACAAAAAUGAAUUCUGGAAAAAGUGUAAGGUUCAUCUUCAGGUGCAAUGUUAUUUUUAAUUUUUGAAAUACUGUUCUGAAACAUGAGUAGUAAUAAUAAUACAAAUAUACUAGGCCUAAUAGAAAUGUCUACUGUUGACUCCUUUCAGUUUAUUUUUUGUUACAUUUUGCUAGCUGUAGAAAAAUGACGAUGAAUUGAGAACAGAACAGACUUGUUUGCCGAAAAAUCACUAAAAGGUCAUUCUAAGGUUAGAGGCUUAAACAGUCAACUAUUUUUACUCUGUGGAUGAAAAUAUAUCUAAGAAUAUAUAAUCUAAAAAAUUGUCUUGGUUUUGAAUGUAACCUUGGUUCCCUGAAAGUAGGGACGCUAUACUGAUGCUAUGGGAGCUCCUCUCAGGAGUACUGAUCUCUGAGACCCUAUAAAAUGAUGGCAAUUACAUAUUGGUAGAUAGUGCUUGUUGUUCCACCCCAUGCACUUGUAAACUGGGAUAUAAACCGGGACACAACGCCACAUUUGGAUUUUUUGACUGAAGGGAGAAGGCAUCUCUCUGCCCCUUUACAUUGAGAAAUCAGUAGUGCGACAAAGCUAAGCAGCGUCUCAUUCCCUUUUUUCAGGGAACCAUGGUUACAUUCGUAACAGACGUUCAUUUCAAGUUAGUUGAUUCGACGCUGUGUCAGGUAGAGCUGUGUUCAAAAUAUCGAUACGACGAUACAUCAUCAUUUUCUCCUUGCCAAUGCGUGUAUCAGUGCAGCUGCAUCUAUAUCGAUAUUAUGCAGCACUUUGAACGUUUGAGUGUAGCCCAUCACAUCUAUCAUGCAACGCAAGUUGGCUGUUUCAAUCACCUGAGAAGUUGUAGACUACCACAUUUAAAUUGGAUGAGACUUUUGCUACCGCCAGCAAAAAAAGAAAAAAGUGCAUUUUGCCUAAACCUGGCAUUUGGGAGUAGGACAAUAUCCAAAUACUGCAAAACCAUGAUGAACCUCCAUCUACCUGUUCAUAUGUCAAGAUAAAGCAGACUUCUUUUACUCUCAACCAGGGUAUGACAUAAAAUAAAGGUGGGUAUUUUUUUAACAGUGGCGGAUAAUUUAGCUCAUUUUCCUGCCGACCUGUACAUUUUGGUCAAAAGGUUAUUUCGUACCCUUCUCUCAACUGGGGUAAGGAAAAUGCCAGAGAUCUGCAGUUUAGGCAUCGUAGAUAUCACAUGCGAGGGUGAGUUAGACUAUAUAUAUUUUAAGAAAAUGCAAUUGCUGGCUAAUAUAUCUUUUCACUUGAUCUUAGCGCAAUAUUUCAAUGGAGGAAGAACCAUGGCAAUGUUCUUUCUCUAUCUGAACAGACCUAGCAUGCAUUGCAUUAAGAAUAUGUGAAACAUGAUCCAUGUGAAAUUUCAGGUGUGCCGCUGCUGCAUGCAUAUAGGGAAGACACUUGUAUAUCAAUCCUCUUUGCAGCCAAAACCAUGGAAGGGAGGGAGGAAACAUCCAAGUUACAUCCUGAGGAGAGAAAGCUUGCAGGGUUUGAAUUAUAUUCCAAGAAGGAAAUUUGCAGACUGGGCGCCAACAUGCUUUUCACCCAAUUGACUUUGAGGCCCAAAUGCUUCAGAUGUGUAAGCAGCAGAUCCCUCAGAUUGUGCUAAAAGCAACCAAUUGUUGAGGUAUUUCAGUACUCAGCCUCAGCGGAGUGAGCGCUGCAUAUUUUUUUUUUAUAAAUGUAUGGGGAGCCAGGGACAAGCCAAAGAGCAGAACUUUGAACUGGUAUGCAGUCCCCUCGAAGGUGAAUUACAAGAAAGUAAACAAUGCAAUCAGUAUCAAACACGGAAGCGUUCAAAGGAUUCGUUGUCCGUCAGAGCACACGGGGAGGAAAGAUAAUCCACUCGCUGAAAGGGUGCAGAUCCAAAUUACAAUUAUUGUUGAUUUAGGUUUCAGAGCACGAAAGAUGUUCCCACGACCCUAAGAAGGAAAAUUCUGAUGAUGUGGGUUUGUGCCCCAGUUUAUAUGCACACAUAGGGGUGGAGCAACAAGCGCAACCUGCCAAUAUGUAAUUGCCAUGAUUUUAUAAGGUUUCAGAGAUGAGGAGCUCCCAUAGUGUCAGCUACUGAUGCAGCGUCAAAGUGACCGGCUUGAAAGGAAAUAUAAAUGUAUUUAUAUCAGUGUACCCAUAAGCCUCCCCCAGUGGCCCCCCUAAAUUUGUAAUGGUAGAAUUUUCCUUCCCACUGUGAGUUGUGACCCCACAUGACAGGAAAUAUUUCAAAUAAAUUGUAUUUUAAUACAACAUUGUUACAUAAAAAAAAAAAAAAGGCAUUUAAGUUUGAUAUAUUCAUUGAAUAUUUACCUAAAGUGCUUAAGGAACGUCUAAACAGUCCAUACACUG